AUGAGAGCACCCAACCCCGUGAAAGCUUAUGUGCCACCAAUUCCCUUCCCUCAAAGGUUACAAAGAAAGAAGUUGGACAAACAGUUUGUCAAAUUUGUGAAGAUUUUCAAGAAACUGCAUAUCAAUAUUCUCUUUGCAGAUGCAAUAGCCCAAAUGCCCAGCUAUGCAAAAUUCUUGAAAGAGAUCCUAUCUAACAAAAGGAAGCUGGAAGAACAUGAGACUAUUUGCCUGAACGAGGAGUGCAGUGCAAUUUUAUUGAAAAAGCUGCCUCUUAAGAUAAAAUGCCCAGGGAGUUUUACGAUACCUUGCACAAUUUGGUCUAAUUAUUUUGAGCAUUUUUUAUGUGAUUUGGGUGCCAGUGUUAACCUUAUGUCUCUUUCUAUUUAUAGGUCUCUUAGGUUGAGAGAAGCAAAACCUACAACAAUCUCUUUGCAACUGGCUGACAGAUCGAUCAAAUGA